ACGAGGAUCGAGGUGCACGCCACCGCUCUAUUCAUGCUCGGACGAUGCUUCUCAUGGCAUCUUUUACUCGCAGGAAUUGCUGGUGUCGGUACUGCAAGUCGUGUGCGGAGUGUUCGUAGUGUUCGUAGUGUGCGGAGUGUUCGUAGAGUGCGUAGUGUGCGUAGUGUGAGUAGAGUGCGUAGUGUGAGUAGUGUGCUUGGUGUUAGUAUUGUUUGCCGCUGGAAGUCUCGGGGCGACGCGGCUUCGGAGGUUUCUGUGGCCGAGAGCGAAGAGGAGGUUCGACUAGUGUUCGUGAGCUAGGUUUGGUGUGAGUGUGUGUGUGUUGGAGUGGAGUGUCUUAGGACCAUGGAACACUUACCUGAGGGCACGGAUCCGCGGUCAGGAUACUGUAGUAGCGAUGGCAUCUACUAUAGCAAGCGGCCACCGGUGUGGAUUCCGCCGACUCGGAAUUUCGACUUGGUGAGUUUUGUGUUCGCGCCUCAGUUCGGGGAUAGGGUAGCGAUGGUGGAUGCGCCUACGGGGCGGAGCUUGACCUACGCUCAGCUGGAGAGAAACGUUCGUGUGGUGGCUGCGGGAUUGUACAAGAACUUGGGAGUGCGGCAGUAUGAUGUCGUGAUGCUUUUGUCUCCGAAUUCUAUCGAGUUCGCGGUUGUCUUCUUUGCCGUUAUGUCCCUUGGAGCGGUGCUGACCACGGUUAAUAGCGUGAACACCACGGGGGAGAUUCAGAAGCAGAUGAAUGACGCAGGGGCGAAGUUUAUUAUCACUACGGCUGCCCUAACGGAGAAAAUUGCGGGGGUUGACCUACCAGUGGUGAUCUUUGGAGAUGAUGAGGUGGUGCCUAGUUUUGGUAGUAGAGCAACUCAUCGAUACUCUGAAUUGCUGAGGACUGACACAAAUGGUGUGCCAAGGAUUCAGAUUUCACAAGAUGAUAUAGCUGCUUUAUUGUAUUCUUCUGGUACUACCGGCCUGAGUAAAGGGGUGGUCGUUACACACAGAAACUUCAUCUCAUGUUCCUGCUUAUAUAAUUCGGGAGUGGAUGAGGUUUUUUCGUCUGAUCAUGUUCUUUUAGUCUUACUGCCAAUGUUCCAUGUGUACGGACUCGCAAUCUGCACAAUGUGCUCUUUAGCUCGUGGAAUAAAGGUCGUUGUGAUGCCCCAGUUUAACUUCGUCGAAAUGCUCUCGUUUAUUCAAACAUACAAAAUUACCCAUCUGCCUUUAGUACCUCCUAUCAUCAUCGCACUCGCGAAGCAAGACGUUGUACUCAAAUUUGAUUUGAGUUCUUUGUUCCAAAUUGGAAGUGGGGCAGCUCCUUUAGGGAAAGAUAUCUUGUCUCUUUGUGCUAAGCGCUUUCCGAACGUGAAGUUAAAGCAGGGAUAUGGAUUGACGGAAUCAACAGGUGCUUGCUCCACAGCCCCAACAAAUGUCAGUGAUAUGGACGCUCAUUACGGUGCUUCUGGUAUUCUUCUUCCAAAUACGCAGGGUAUGAUAAUCGACCCAGUUACUAAUAAGCCCAUGCCCCCAACCAAGCAGGGUGAAUUCUGGAUUCGAGGACCAAGCAUCGUGAAAGAGUACUUCAAAAACCCAAAGGCAACAUCGGAGACCAUUGAUAAGGAUGGUUGGUUGCAUACUGGCGAUCUUGUUAUGAUUGACAACGAUGGGUAUAUUCAUGUUCUGGAUCGGCUGAAGGAGCUCAUUAAAUACAAUGCUUAUCAGGUGGCUCCUGCUGAGCUCGAAGCUUUGCUACUAUCUCAUCCCUCUAUUCUGGAUUGCGCGGUCAUUCCGUAUCCGGAUGAGGUAGCUGGCCAGAUUCCAAUGGCAUACAUUGUGCAGAAACCAGGUAAAAAAUUCACUGAAGACGAGAUCAUGGACUGGGUCGGGAAACAGGUAGCCCCGUACAAGAAAGUAAGGAAAGUUGCCUUCAUAAAUGCCAUACCUAAGUCUGCAUCGGGGAAGAUUCUGCGCAGAGAACUUUUGCAGUCGGCAACAGCUAAACCACGUCUUUGAGAGCAGAAUAGAACAGAAAGGAAGCUGCUAGAGCAUUCCAAUCAGGCAGUGAUGACUGGUCUGCAACCCGCUCUAAACCCAACCGCAUCAGCAUGCGUCUGCGAUUGAAUACAAAUCUCGGCCGCUGUCGUAUCCGAACUCAAGUGAUAGUAAAUGGUAAACGAUGAGCCAGAAGACGGGGGGAAAGGUCCAGAACAAGAAACUUCAAGCUGCCGAAUCAAGAUGAUGCACCAUGUGAACGUCAUGGAUCUCGUACAUUCAAGCGAGCGAGAGGCGGCAAGCUGCGAGUGCGAGGCACUGGAAUGGAGGUGGAAUGUUUUGUCACACGAGCUAGCAUUGUCAUGCGGAAAUCAUACCGCAUCACGUUGCAGAUAUCUGGACCUAAUGGAUUACAGGUCGCAAAGGAAUUCUGGGUGCACAACAAGCGCUUCUGAUUUCCGUUGAUUCUGCAAUCCUGUGACUCCAAAGUUCUAUAUGACCCCCAUAGAAAACACCUAGACUAGAAACCGUGAGGUGAGGCUGCAGAAUCUCAGUGUUGCAGACUAGGUCAAUAGCACCGUCCAAUCCGAUAGCCUAUUGUGGACUACCUAUUUGUUGACUAGGUUAACUGGCUCUGUUUUACAUCUUCACACGGGGCACUCGGAGCAUGGAUUUGUGACGACAUUGCUAGCAGCACGAUUGUUGGAAAAGCCAAAAAUCUGAUGUAUUUCGAACGACUCACAAUCGACUUUGGCUCAAAUUGGUAAAUGUGGAACAUGAGCCAUCGGCAGAAGAUUGGAUCGACUUCUGAGCCACGGUAGAAGUAUCGCCUGCGUCUGAUUGAGCCCAUAGAUGAUAAUUAACAAGUGCUGGUCACGGAGAAAUUGUUAGAAACUUGAGGAAAGACGAAUGGGCAUGUGGAUAAGAAGACGUCAGUAUUAAACAUGUCUAAACUGUCAAUGAAAUUUGGAAAAGUUAUUUAAUGAAGCAGAAGUUUGAUGUGA